AUGUUCCAUAACUCAGAACCAACCAUCUCCNCCUCCUCCGAUCCAUCCACAACAAGAUUAGUACUUUCUUUCUCCGGUUGCAUUGGAAUGCUCUUGGCGGGUCAUGGGAGUCUCUCCGGUAAGGGAAAGCUCGAUAUCCCCUUUAGGGUAUUCACUCUUAUCUACACAACACAGCUCUUCUUCACACCUGUUUUCGCCGCCUUCAUCAACAAAACCAAAUUCAAUCGAUGGAUCAUCAUCUCCUUGAUCUUGGCAAUCGCCACCGGAACUCUCACUUCCUUCUCCUCCUCAUUCGGCGGCAAGCCAGAUAAAACAGAGGAGAGUUACGCAAAAGGCUCAUGGCCAGCUCUUUUAUCCGGCGUUUACUUCUCACUCGUCCUCUGUACUAUAGAAAACGUCUUCAGACGUACCGAAUCAACCACUAGAAAACAGAGCUUCUCCUCUGUUUUUCUAGUCGUAAUCUCCUCCUCCUUCGUCGCUACAGUCAUCUCCGUCGUCGGUUUACUGAUCUACGGAGAGAAACACGAUUUGAAGAGGGAAAUGAACGAAUUCUUGAAGGGGAAAGGUGCGUACGUGAUGACUAUGGUGGUUCAAGCUGUUUCGUGGCAGAUCUACUGGGUCGGGAUCGUGGGACUCGUUUUCUCCGUCUCGAGCGUUUUAUCAAAUGUGAUCAGCGUUAUUACGUCGCCGAUCGUGUCGGUUCUGGUGGUCAUCUUCUUCAAUUUCAUGAACGAUGAGUUUGAUGUCUUCAAAGGUGUCGCCUUGAUCACGGCUGCUUUGAGCGCCGCAGCUUACUUAUAUAGGUUUCACAAAGAGAAUCGUAACUAAUGACGUGGAAGCAAAGAUUUCAUGGUAUUAUACUAUUAUUUGUGUGUGUGUGUGUGUAAUGUGUUACCUCUAAAUGUAUAUUUUAUUCGUGAAUUGUAAGUCUUUAGCUUCAUGAGAGGACCCGUGAUGAGGACAAGCCUUCGUGUAGCCUUUAAGCCUUUUCACGCUUCACAUGGAGAUUUGUUUCUCUCUGCCUCUCUUGUUUGAAGUUUGGUAAAUGAUUCAGCUAUAUUGUACGUAAAGAUGAUUAAACCAAAAAACAACCUUAUGUGA